AUGGAUGCAGCGAGCCAAUGUUCUUCGAAGGAGAGACCUUGUGCCCCGCGACCGGUGGAGGGACAAUCAGUGCUAUGUGUUUGUAACACAACUUACUGUGAUGAAUUUAAAAGGGAAAUACCAGAAAAAGGACAAUACGUUGCUUAUACUUCGUCGAAGGCAGGUUCAAGAUUUAGAAAAAGUUACGGUCAAUUCAAGAAAGAUUCUUAUUCAGGUAAGAAAUGCAUCGAUGUUUUAAAAGUGGAUCCAACAAAGACGCACCAGAAGAUCCAAGGCUUCGGUGGUGGAAUUACUGAUUCUGCAGGCAUAAAUCUGUUCAGUCUACCGCCUAAUAUGCAGCAAGAUAUGAUCAAUUCAUACUUCAGUGAAUGUGGUAUUGAAUACAAUAUGGGCCGUGUACCAAUUGGUGGUUGUGAUUUCUCCACACAUUUGUACGCUUACAAUGAAUACCCAAUCGAUGAUACUUAUCUUACCAACUAUUCGCUCUCCUACGAAGAUUAUCAUUACAAGAUACCAAUUAUACAAGCUAUCAUGAAUGUCUCAACAGCACCUCUGCAGUUGGUAGGUACAGUUUGGUCACCGCCAGAUUGGAUGAAAAAUAACUAUGGAGAUUCAGGAGUCAACAGAUUGAAAGACGAAUAUAUGGGAACAUAUGCGCUGUAUUUCUUAAAAUUUUUAGAAUUGUAUAAAGAAAAUAACAUCCCAUUUUGGGCUAUAACAACAACUAAUGAACCUUUAAAUGGUGUAAUACCGUUAGGCGACUUCCAACAUCUUGGCUGGACGGUGGAGAAAAUGGGCGAAUGGAUUAAAAACGACUUAGGUCCAAUGUUACGUAACUCCAGUUUUAAAGAUGUCAAGAUUCUGGCGGUGGAUGAUCAGCGCUACUCAAUACCAAUGUGGUUUAACAUCUUGUUGCUACUAGCUCCGGAAGCUGAAGAGUAUAUAGAUGGCAUUGCAGUGCAUUACUAUGUAGAUAAAAUCACACCAGCCUCCAUCUUGCAGGAGACUGUAAAGGAUUACCCCAACAAGUUUGUCAUAUCUACAGAGGCUUGUACAGGAUUUACUGGUCCAACAGACCAAAGAGUGGUGUUAGGAGCUUGGGACAGAGCUGAAACAUAUAUUGUUGAUAUUCUAGAAAACCUAUUGAACAACGGAGUUGGAUGGAUUGAUUGGAACAUCUGUCUGGAUAUGAUAGGUGGACCUAACUGGGUACAGAACUAUGUGGAUUCUCCCAUCCUUGUUAAUGCAGAAAAGAAGGAGUUUUACAAACAGCCGAUGUUCUAUGCGUUAGGUCAAGUCACUAAGUUCGUGAAGAGACAUUCUUAUAGGAUAGAAAUGUCAAAUGUAACUGUAUGCCCCAACCCUGAAGGCAGUGAUGGAACUAGUGAGAACGUAUUCUUUUGUAACUCAGAUGGCAACGAUCCUGUAUAUAACAGUGCAGCUUUCCUCACACCGGGGAAUACGAUAGUUGUCAUCAUAUAUAACAGCGGUGACGCGAAGAGUGUUGUCAUUUCUUCAGGAGACAAAGAGGCAUUGGUUGAACUUGAGGCUUCAUCUAUAACGACCGUCGAAUUUCAGAAUGAAGAUGGCACCAAAUAA